UGCCUGUGCCACAAUGGCCGUUCCACCCACAACCAUAGUUUACACAGGAAAGGUUCGUUUGCGUGCAGUGGUCAGAAUGAGGUGCCCAAUUUGCAAUGUUCAAAUUAAUAAGUGGAACUUGAAAAAACAUAUUGACCGCAAACACACAGAGCAAAAAACACUAGACAUCAAUGCUAGAUGCCAUCUUACCAGUCAAUGCAUUGAUGGGAAAAAUGGCAUUUUUGCUGUUAUGAAGACAUUUAAAGGGCAUAGCAUACCACUUCAUGUACAGUGUAAAACAUGGGGGGAAAUUCACACUGUGCUAUGUCAAUCCAAUGAAUGCCAGAUCAAUAUGGAAGUAGCACAAAUGAGUGGUCUUGUAUCUUAUCACUGCAAACACAUCAGGUCAGUUAGCUACUGUACUUCCUCGGCCAAGACCAUUUUGCUGUCUGAGAAAGUAUUGUCGGAGAUGGUGAGCACAAAGUGGUUUAGUGAAGAAAAGAAGAAGACCUGCCUUGCUCGACAGCAGCUUGCGAACACCAACAGGGUUCCACUGUCAGUUAUCACGACAAUUGGAAUACCACAAACAAAAAAAUGCAUUUCUGUCUAUGAACCAUCUAUGUCCUAUUACAGCCGCUUGGGACGUGUCAUUGUUGUUUAUGAUGCAAAGUUAAACACCUGGCACUGUCCAUGUGCCAGAUUAAGGCGAUCUUGCAUUCACAAAUAUAUUGCCAAAUGGCACUUGUUUGAGACCCACCGUGAACUUUUCAGGACCGUCAUUAGUACAGAGGAAGCACUGCAAGCAAAUGAGCAACUCUGUUCUUUUGAAGAAAGGAAUGUGAGAGAUGAUCAUUCUGUUUAUCCUCCAAAAGGUGUGGGACUAGAGAGUAUAGUGACUUAUAUUUUGAGGAACAAGAAGAUACCUGCUGCCCUGCCAAAGAAUUUGCAUGUACCAACAGCUUACAUGUACUAUCCAAAGAACCUUUUUCCGGAAGAAACAAUGUGCCAGAGAUGCCCCAGCAUUGUCCCACUUAGUGACCCUAUGCUGAUUACACGAAAGGCAAAAAUACUGACCAACUGGUGCAUCAUUGAAGUUUUUUAUCUUUUAGAUAUUUCCACUUACUGCAAGCAGUGCCCACAGUGUGGAAUGUUCUAUCGCUACCAAGAGUGGAAAGACCACCUCCACAAUUUUAACGAUUACAUUAUUCUUGACUUGGCAUUAUGCCUGACCUUGAGAAACCUUCUCCAGGUCCAUACUGCAGUGAGCAGAGCUGUUGAAUAUUUACAGCUCACAGCAGGUGUGCAGUUUCCACCAUCGGACACAGUGCUGCAUGCCUAUUUACAUUUUGAGGCCCUGACGGAUCAUGAGUAUAAGUACUCGUGUGUCACUUGUGGUGAUCAUUCCCCAGUGGUGGUAAUGGAUUUGCACAAAAAAGGUGUUUUCAAGAUAUCAGUAAAUGAUAUAAAAAAACCACCAGAGAAUUUCAGAGGAGAGGUUGAUUUGGAAACUUUUUGGGAGGCAUUGUCCAAGGAGAUGAUUUGUCGUGGAUUUGUUGUCAGUGGAAGAUGUAAUCCUUUUGCAGUACCACCAAGUUUUCACUUUUGGGCUCCUUGGAUAGGCAGGAGGACUCGGCGCUCAAAUGUUGUGGUGAACACUGAAUUUGAAAAGAUUCAUUUUCCAAAGUCUUUGUCAGAGGCUGCUGAAAUUUUGGUUUCAGAAGACAGGCUUAUAGAUGAACUUUUCAAGCAGAAGGUUGAAGUGAUAAGAAAAUUGUGUAAAGAGUGUGGACUGGAUUCCAGUGGAUCACGUAGUGACCUGCUACUUAGACUAUCAAAUGAAAUGAAGUCUAGGCAAAUGUAUGACAAAAUAUUUCAAAAAAUUUGGGCAGUCUCUGGUGGAUGGGCAGUAAUCAUGUGUCCAUGUGGGAUUGUUUACAGCCUUAAAUGUAAUCUGCGAGCUGAGAGCCCUCGUGACUUUGCUGAUUUGCUGCUGUCAUGGAAACACAUGCCGAAUGUGGUAAUUUAUGACUUUGCCAGGGGUCUUGCCACACAUACUAAUCUCAGGGUACCAGAAAAGCUGCCCUUCUCUCCAUUUGAAGGACGUUUAGCUGAACCUACUGAAAGCAGCCUAGCACUAGCCACAUGCGGAAAGCUGAAAGUGUCCCUACCUUGGCUGAACACUAAAAAGGUAAUGGCAGAUCCAGAUGGUCAUCCCACAACGGGUUCUUCUGAUCAUUAUGCACUGUAUGAUAGAUUUCAUGAGAGCAAUACCAAAGACCGUAGGGAUAUCCUGAGGAAACUCACCUUGGUACCACAGCUGGCUGGGAGGGUGAAUAGUCAGGUUGCUGAACAACUGUUUGCUAAGAUGAGGAAAAACAACUACUUCUUGAAUAUGACAAUGCCAUCAACCCAUCUCUUUCAAAUGAGGAACAUAAUUCAUCACUACAAUCAAAACAGGAACAACAACAUUUUAAACAGGCUAAAGAAGACUUUUGGGUCUGAAAUGGUGAUGAAUGUUCAUGGACUGGCCACGUUCGACAGAAUUUGA